AGAAAAGCAAGGGAGUCUGCUGAAAUUCGAAAUUACGGAUCCACCGCCAUUAGAUCCCUUAGCUUUCUCUCUCCUCUUUCGUCGCCGAAGCAUUAGGGUUUGAGUGUGCAAUGAGGAAAGGAGAUAAGAGAAAGGGUGCUUCUAAAGCCGGACGCAAAGAUGCGGUUGCAGAGAGUCACAACGAUGAGGUGAUUGCUGAGUCUCUUGAGGAUUCGACGCAGGAGGAGAGUCAACUUCCUAAGGAAGAUGUUGCCGAGGAGAAUGGGAAAGAAGAUGCCGAGAGAAAUCAAGAGAACGGAGUGAAAGAUGAGGAAGAAGACAAACAGGUCGAUGAGGCUAAAGACGCUUCAUCUGCUCAGCAAAAGGAGGACGUCAAAGCCGAGGAAGAAGAUAAGAAGGAGAAGCCUGCUGCUCGUGGUGGUGGUAAGCGAAAGAGAGCCACCACGAAGAAGGAAAUUGAUGUGAAAGAUGAGAAGAAACCGGCUCCGAGAGCGAAGAAAGCACGAGUGAUUAAACCACAAGAAGAGCCUGAGUAUUUCGAGGAUGAGCGUAAUUUGGAGGGUUUGUGGAAGGCUGCAUUUCCAGUGGGGACUGAGUGGGACCAAUUAGAUGCACUCUAUGAAUUCAAUUGGGAUUUCAAACAUCUCGAAGAAGCAUUGGAGGAGGAAGAUGGAUUGCUCUAUGGCAAGAAAGUCUUUCUUUUUGGUUGUACAGAACCCCAGUUAGUCCCAUUCAAAGGUGCAAACAAGAUUCUCCAUGUUCCAGCAGUAGUUGCUGUUGAAUCACCCUUCCCACCUUCUGAUAAGAUUGGAAUCACGUCGGUCCAGAGAGAAGUGGAGGAAAUCAUUCCAAUGAAGACGAUGAAAAUGGACUGGCUUCCUUACAUUCCAGUUGACAAAAGAGGUAGACAAGUUGAUAGGAUGGACUUUCAAAUUUUUGUCUUGGGCUGUACCCGGAGGAGAGCUGCUCUCAGACGCAUGAAGGAAGAUCUCGUCAAGAAGUACGAGUAUUGCCUUCCUUAUUUCUAUCAGCCAUUUACGGAAGAUGAACUGGAACAGAGUACUGAGGUUCAAAUAAUGUUCCCCUCUGAACCGCCGGUUGUAUGUGAAUUUGACUGGGAGCUUGACGAACUUGAGGAAUUUGUCGAUAAACUGAUUGAAGACGAAGCCUUAGCUGCAGAACAAAAGGAUGAAUUCAAAGAAUAUGUGAAAGAGCAAGUUCGAGCUGCAAAGAAAGCUAAUAGAGAGGCCAGAGAAGCUCGAAGGAAGGCAAUAGAAGAAAUGAGCGAAGAGACUAAGCAAGCCUUUCAAAGCAUGAAGUUCUACAAAUUCUACCCUCUACCUUCACCAGAAACACCAGAUGUCUCUGGCGUCAAGUCGCGGUUCAUCAACAGAUACUAUGGAAAGGCUCAUGAAGUCCUUUGAUUAUCAAAACUUCAGAACCCAGAAUAACGUUUCUUGGCAGCUUCAGCAGAAGUGAAUUUUUGUGAUCAGAGGUGUCUCAGAAACUCUUUGAGCUUUAUUCAUAGUUAAAAAAUCCUCAAGUCUGGAUGACAUAAUGUACUUUUCAUUUAUGUUUGUAUUCUCCACUCCAGUAACAAAAGAGCCAAUGUACCCAAUUUUUUUACUUUUUCUUUUUUGGUAGAAACUUGGAGACCAAACAGCAAUUUAUUAAUCUACAAACAGCAACGGCACACACAAAGAAGAUUGAUAGAGAUUAGUGUGGUCAUAUCUAGAGUGUG